UUCGGUGUAGCAAUUUCCUGUGGAUGUCCUUAGGUCACCUGGAACACGUGAAAAUCAUAUAAAAGAUGUCUUCAGAUAGUUCUACUUCUGAUAGUGAAAUAAGUAGUGGUGAAGAAGUCGACAAAGAUGUAUUUAAGGCUUUCCAAGCUAUAAAACGUAAUCUAAGUUCUGUUGAACAGAAAGAAAAGAGAAGUUCUUCCAAAAGUAAAAAUAAGAAUGCCAGUGAAGAAAGGACCAGCACCUCUACAAGACAUAAACUGAUUUAUCAAACAUUUAAAAAGGUUGAUACAUCCGAAAAAUGUGAAAAGAAAGGAUUAGAUCAAGCAAACGAGAAUGAUGUUGACAGCACAGAGUUGAACAAUUUUUUUAUUGACAAGGGCCCUACUCACAAAGACAACGAUUUAGACGAUAUUGUCGCUUAUGACCUCACAAAUUUUGCAGAAACGGUUGAUGUGGACUCUGAAGGUCAAGAUUUUAAUGACGUAGUUUCUUAUGACUUGACAAAUAUUGACAGUUCUGCCAGUAAACUUUUAGAAAAUAAAAACAUGUCCAGUUCUAGUGAAGACACUGAUAGCGAAAAUGAGAAAGCAGAAACAGACCAUAUAGAACGUCAAAGGUGGAAGAAAGAGCAAAAGAUGAAAAAGAAAAGAGAAAAGGGACUUCUGUCAAGCAAACUUGAAGCUGGAGUGGCAGUUAACGAUGUGUAUGUCAAUGUUGAUCCCCUUAGUAAAUCGAAGAUUCAUAAGAAUAUCAGUAAAGACAAACAGAAACACAGGGAACCAGAGGUAAUGAAGAAAAGCAUGAUAACAGAUGACUUUGAGAGACAGGAUUCGAUACAGACCACACAUGUUAGUGUUAGACAACAGAAGAAACAAAGAAAACUUGAGAGAGAGAAGACCAAGGGAGGUAAAUGGUUCAACAUGCCGGCAACAGAGUUAACAGACGAGAGGAAGUACGAUCUUACAGUGCUACAGAUGAGAAAAGCUCUUGAUCCUAAACGUUUCUACAAGGCUAACGAUCUCAAAGCCACACCCCAAAUAUUUUCCAAGUAAAUAUAUUUUGGUAAAGUGGUUGAGGAUGCGACAGAUUUCUACAGUUCUAGGAUUCCAAAGAAACAGAGAAAGUCGACUGUCGUGGAGGAACUUCUUGCCGACGCUGAAUUUAGAAAGUUUAAUAAAAGAAAGUAUGAAGAGGUACAAGAAGCAAAGAGACAUGGUAAAGGUCCAUACAAACAUAUGAAGAGACUGAAAAAGAGGAAAAAAUGAAGAUGAUAUACAUAGACUAUCCAAAGUUAUGCAUUAUAUACAAUAUACAAGUUAUGUAUUAAACACAAAGUUAGGCAUUUGAUUCAGAGUUAGGCAUUACUUCUAAAGGAGGUAUGCAUGAUAAUUAACUGGAGAAAAUGACAUUCAAAUACUUGAUAUUACAGUAUGUGCAUCUUUAUCGAGAAAAAUGUAAUUAUACUGAUGGGUUAUAUUCACAGAUUUUAAAUAAAGGAGGUAUGAAAUACUUGAGGAACUCUGUGUACAGUCUGUGAACACAGCUGUUUAGUUACACAAGUUCACAUUGUUUGAAUCGAUAUUUGGUAUGUUAUCAUGAAUAUGUUAUACACUGACUAACUUUUGUUGAGAAUAAAAAAGUUAACCUGCAUAAAA